GAAAGGAAAUCUCUCUAAUCUGGAUCACAGCAAACACAUCAAGAUGCAAUGCCUUCGAGAGCAGGAUGCUCUAAUCCCUCGGCCCCGUGGGAGUUUACCUAAAGUCUGUGCCGCAGUGCUGGUUACUGUCACUAUAGGAGGCGUAAUGCUAUUCUCUCCCGAACGGUCGAUCAGCUUGAUUGCCCUGGCAGCACUCACGCUGACUGUUGGCUCUUUGCUACAUGGGCUCUGUCUGCUGGCAGAGGAGCUGCUAUACCAUUCAAACACAAGGUAUCGAGGACAAAGGCUGCUGAGCCACAUGCUGCCAGCCUGUGGUUUGGGGGGAAAGACCCUGCUCGCUGCUGGUGUGGCAGGCCUCACGCUGUACCUGGCUAGACACCAUCUACCACACAAAGGCCAGUCCUGGGAACUCGCUUUCCUGGUCACUGUCCUUUACCCACUGUUAAAAGUCCUUGGAGUCCUGGGUCCGUCGGAGGUGGAGGUGUCAGACAUCUGCGAGGGGAGGAAGAUGAAUGUAGCCCACGGCCUAGCCUGGUCCUUCUACCUGGGGUACCUGCGACUGGUGCUGCCACGUUUGGAAGCGUCCAUCACAGCAUUUCAUGCCACACACCAGUUAAACAACACCUCGUGGGGUCGCGGCUCCCGGAAGCUCCUCAUCCUCGUCCCUCUUAAUGCCAACAUUUCACACAAGCUGGAGGACGAGGAUGACAACAUCCAAUUCUAUGACAACCUCCCAAACAACGAGAUUGACAGGGCAGGAGUCCGGGGGCGGGUCUACAAGCACAGCGUCUACAGCGUAAUGGAUCAGAAUGGGAAGGCCCAUGAUUGUGUGGUGGAGUAUGCAACACCUCUGCUGACACUGUACAGCAUGUCCCAGGAGAGCAGUGCUGGAUUUGGGGAGCCUGAGCGCAGACAGCAGGUUCUGCUCUUCUACAGGACCCUGCAGGACAUCCUGGAGCACUCGCUGGAGUGUCGCAACCGCUACAAACUCAUCCUGCUCGAUGACAAGCAUGAGGACGACCCUCACUUCCUGUCCAAGGCCAUCCUCAGACACAUGGAGCAGCAGGAGAAAGAGGAGUUCUGUCUCACACCACCACCUCACCAAGAGAUGGCACGCCCUUUUGUGGGUACUUCAGGUGCUAGUAACGGUGAUAUGCACAACCCAGAGCUGAUGAGCAGAGAGCCCACGCUCAUGAUCAGCCUGGACAAACCUCAGCCUCUGAAGGAACCUACUGAGAACACUUACCACUACACCAGACAAAAAUAAAGACUCGCCGACUCUGCGAAAUUAUAGUUUUGGCUGUUUUGCUAUAUACACCAAUCAGGUAUAACAUUAUGACCGCUGACAGGUGAAGUGAAUAACACUGCUUAGCUCUCCAUCUGGGCACCUGUUAGUGGGCAGGACCUACUAGGGUGCAAGCAAACAUUCAGUCCUCAUAAGUGAUGUGAGAGAAGCAGGAAAAAUGGGAAGCGUAGGGAUUUCAAAAAGUCAACACCGGCUCUGAUAGAAAGGCUCUGAAUACAGAGUGCACCACAGUUGCCCGCCUUCAUGGCAGCAAAAGGGGGACCAACACAAUACCAAGCAGGCGGUCACAAUGUUGUGGUUGAUUGGUGUAAAUAUUUUUGUGUGUGAGAGCAUCAUUUCUGUUUAAAAUAAUUUAUUCAAUUCUGAACUUGUUGGAGUUUAUUCUAUAAACCCUUUUUAUUAUGAAUACACCAUCAGUGCAUUUAGAUAAUAUACUUUAAUACUUCUGGCAACUGUUUAAACCAACAGAAUGAGGACACAGACACAGGGAGAACACGCAAACUCCACACAGAAAGGUCGGCUUCAAACCAGGACCUUCCUGCUGUGA